GGGAAAUUGACCCUACUGCUGGUCUUAGUGUCACUGAGUGCUUCGGGCUGCACAACAGCGAAUUCAUUGUGCGAGCCGUAUCCUUCGCUGGAAUUUAAGGAUGAGGGAAUGCAGUGCUCUGGUAUGAGGGUGACGCAGGUGCCGAGGUUGCUGAAGAACAGCCUGCAGAUGUUGCUCCUGACGGGUACAGCCAUCUCGUCUCUGGACAACUCCACCUUCCGCGGCCUUGAGUUUCCGCAGCUGACGACCCUGUAUGUAGCUCAGGGUAAUCUAUCCAGCGUCGCAGCCCACGCCUUCUGCACCCUGCCGGUGCUGACAAAGCUCUACUUGUCCAGCAACCGGUUGGAUAAGCUAGACGACUUGAGUUUCACCUGUAACAAAUUUUUAAAAACCGUAAACUUGGAGGAUAACCCCAGCCUCCGUCACCUGCCACGACUGGUCAGCUCUUCCGUGGAACAUCUGUACCUGGACAACUGCAACCUUGCCACCAUGGACAUUGCUACCGUGGAGGGGAUGACAGCCCUGAAGGUUCUCUCUCUGGCGGGUAAUCGAGAUCUCCACUGCCAGUCCAUAAAGACGCAGUUCAAACAGGCUCGGCCAGAGCUGCUGGUCAUCUGCGAAUAUUCUGCUGGAGAUCUCCCUUCCUCGACAUUACCUGGUGAAGAGGAAUGGACUUCCGAAAAACCUUGCACUGAGUCAUAUAUACCAGCAAUAGCCUCUACUGACCCUCACAUUGUAGUUAAUAUAAUUUUUACAACUUUUAUUAUAGUUAGUGCAAUUAUUACAGUCGUAAUUAUUAUUAAAAUUUUUAAAAGUAAUCGUAAUCAUCAUAUAAAUCAAAAUUCAAGUAACCAUAAAUUAUCAUUAAAAAUAAAUAUUUAAUACGUAUUAUAAAUUACUAUUAAUAGUUAUUAUAAUAAGUAUUUUAAUUAUUUACAGUAGUUUAAGGUGCCGCGAAAUUAUAGCUUUAAAAUUUGAAAUUAUUACUAUUUUAAGAAUUUCAGUUGUGCAUAGUAUGUACAUACUUCAUUCUAAACUCACCAUCCUGUAAUCAUUAUCAACAGCUACUAAAAGCAAAAGAAUGGAAAUCUUGCCAAAAAAUAUUGUCGUUUGUCACCAUUUUUUACAGCUGUCAAUAAAUUUACCGGUGCUAGCAAUUUUUGACACGAACGCAAUUCGUAAUAUUGGUUAGCCCUGUCGAACUGUGACCAACAGAGAAACUUUUUGAUAUGUAUCAGCACUGAAAACGGCAACAUACAGCAAUUUUUCCAUCACAGAACAUAAAAUAGGUAAAUGAUUAUCGGCAGUUUCCUUUCCAUUACCGCUAUGAAGUUGUUGCAAUAGAAAAUCGUUGUUCCGCUGCGACUGUAAACUGCUGUCAGAAACCGGUAUUUUUAAAUAAAUGCUAAUUUCUGGCAACAGUUUAAAGCUGAGUGGAAUUACAGUUCUCAAAUUUAACCAGCCAGGGAAGAGCCCAGUCUCAUGCCCAACGUAAGGUAGGAGUGAAUAAUGGUCAAUUAGUAAUAGUCGAAUUUAUAUUCUACUGUAUGGUUGCGAGUGGCAGAAUUUAAUCGGUUCUAGGUAAGUUUUCCGAAGAAAGCUCAUUCACUCGUUUUACUCGUUCCUUAACUUUCUUAGGAAAACUUACCCAGAACCAACCAGCUUCUUCUAAUCUUCCAAAUUUUAUCACCUAUAGCUCACCUUUUUUAUGAUAAAAACUUGACUUUUUUCUGAAAAAGCGAAAGUAAGGAAAAAGCUUAAUAUAUUUUGAAAAAUAGGAACAUAAAGAUAUCCUCUAGGACUUAUUUAUGUAAAAUUCUCCUCUUUAUUUCUUGUUUAACAGCCAUGAGAUUUUUAUGAACUGUCAAUUGUUCAUGUUUAUUGAGGUAAGACCUGGUCACAAUUUCACGUUAAACGUAAAUGUUAAAUAUAAACAUUUAACGUUAAACGUAACCAACCAGGACAUGUUGGUUCUUACUUGGGACAGUACAAAAUUUCUAAUUCUGGUCGAAGACUACUACAUGAAAUAUGAACAAAUCCUUCUUUUUUUUGAGAUUAUUGCUAACUUUCUUCAUUUCAAUAAAUUUAUUUUGUUGGAACCUUUAACAAUAUAUAUAAAUGACUUGCCAUUAUGUUCACUCAGUAACCAUAAAUACAUAAACUUAUUUUUAUCUUUAUCACAUAACCGUAAAUUGUAUAAACUCCAUUGUGGGAAAAAUCUAUCCAUUGUUGUGUCCUCAUCAUACCAUCAUCAUUCGUGAAAGUGACUCGAUUGGACUGUGCACAGACUGGGAAUUUGCAAGGGCGCUGCUAACCAUGCAGUUGAGUUCCCCACAAAUCGAACGUCAUCAUAAUUGCUCGAUUUGUUAACUAGGAGAUGAAUUUGUUUCAGAUUGUCAUUCAGUAAUUAGGAUUUACCCAUGUUAAGCAGUCUUUUCCUACAGAUGUAUUGUUGUUAACUAUCACACUACAUUCUUCUUUUUAUUUUACUUGCAUAUGAAAUUGAAAAUUACCUGUUUAAUUUUUGCAGAUUCCUUUUUUGUUAAAAGUUCCAGCAAAAUCUUGUGUUACGUCUAAAUGUAAUUAAAAACAUGUUCUUUACGAAGUUCUUUUAAUAUGGCAACAGUCUUGGCAUCCGAUAAUUCUAUCUUGUAAGGAAUAAUAACUGGGUUAAUAUAUUUAUUUCUUAUAAUAUCCGUAUCUACAUUAAUAACUUGUUUAGCCUCUUUAGAUGUUUUUAUAUUCGAAUCUCAAACAAGAGGUAACUUAGCUUUAACAGCACGUCUAACACAACAAAAUUUGGUAAGUGCUCCUGUCAAGGCAAGUGUCAAAUGAUCUGCAUACCUCUCUCUUAACUAAAAAUUUUUUUCACCUACGUCUUUUGGACAGUGUAAUUAUCUCAGAAUGGUUAUUUAACUGGUAAAAAUUCUAAUUUUUUUCUCGUUUUGUAUAAUUAAUAUCCUCAGUGCUUGUAAUAAGAUUAUUAUUAUUAUUUAUGUCAUCUGUAAGUAACCAUAAGCCAAGUCUGUCGCUAGUUGGUUUUGUUUUAUUUCCCAGAAGCCCUUUUAUAAAAUAUUUUUUAUUUGUAGCACACAUUUAUUUUCUGCAUCCAUUUAUAGCGCUAAAAGACAUUUGAAAUGUGUAAAAGC